UCGCUGCCUGUGUUCUGCUCCUUGCUAUAGUAGCGAACAGCCUUCUUAAGUGGAGAUGGUCAACACACGGCAUUAUAGACAUUCCUUUUCAACAUUAUGAUUUCAUUAUAGUGGGAGGAGGUACAGCGGGUUGUGUUCUCGCACGAAGGCUGUGGGAAUCGAGCAAUCACACCGUUCUGGUAGUAGAAGCUGGGACCACUGCUCCUUGGAUCAGUGCCAUACCAUUGUUGGCACCCGCAUUACAGGGCUACACUGCAGAUUGGGGUUUCAAAACUGUACCCCAGAAGAUGGCACAGAACGGGAUGAAUAACCGGGAAUCAGCGUGGCCGAGAGGAAAAGUAUUGGGCGGCACUAGUAUUCUCAAUUACAUGUUGCAUAUGUGGGGAGCGAAGUCAGAUUUUGACAAUUAUUGGUCUGCCAGGGCUGGACCUGAAUGGAACUCUCAGGGUGUUCGACGGUACUUUCAAAAAGCAGAGAACUAUCGAAGAGCAUCUAGAACACCUGUGCCUGAAGUUAGAGGACGACGUGGGCCCAUGCCCGUAACCGAGUUCGAUGGGAAUUCCUCUGUACUCGCACAAGCUUUCUUACGUGGCGCCUCUUCGCUCGGGAUCGAGAUGGGAGAUCUCAACGGAGACCUGGAAGAUGGAGCGAUGGUGUCACAAAGCAAUACAUUGAAUGGUUGGCGAGUAUCAGCUUUCGAUGCCUACUUGGAUCCUGUUAUGGAAAUGUCUAGCAUCCACCUGUUGACGAACACGAUUGCCAUUAAGGUCAUUAUUGAAAGCGGUAGAGCAGUAGGUGUGGAUACAAUUAAUUUGUACUCUGGAAAAAGCUACCGGAUAAGAGCUAAGAAAGAAAUCAUACUAAGUGCUGGAGUCAUUGGUUCUCCCCAUCUGCUUUUGCUGUCAGGAAUUGGCCCAAGGAAACACCUCCGGGAUCUCGGUAUACCUGUUGUAGCGGAUCUUCCCGGCGUGGGUCGCAAUCUUCGAGAUCAUCUCAAUGUGCCCCUUUACUUCCAUAUUGACUCUCCCAUCACCACCACCUCUACCAAAAUGAGAUCGCUCCGUGAAGUGUGGAAAUAUUUUUCUAAAGGAAAAGGCUUCUUGGCUCACAGUGGAGUGGAGGCUGUGGUACGCCUGCCAUCUACUGGAGAUCGCGAAAAUGGAAAUAAAUUGUUUUUAACGCUGUUCAACUUGGGCUCUGUAAAUGAACCGCUCUUCACUUCCAUUGCAAACUUCAAAAAAGAUGCCUUCGUGGAAACAUUUCCCGAUUCAAAAAAUGAUUCUAAAGAAGGCUUCAUUAUGUUGGCUUCAUGUACUCAUCCAGUCAGCAAAGGAAAAAUCUUUCUGAAAUCGGUUAACUUCUUGGACGCUCCCCUCAUUGAUCCUAAUUACUUAAGUGAGACAGAAGAUGUCAAAUGUCUCAUUAAAGCUAUGAAAGUGGCAGCCAGACUGGGAACCACAGAACCUCUCCGCAGAUUGGGUGCUCGUCUUCAUUUGCCUGGAUACUCAGCGUGUACUGCCUUCAAUCAGAGCUUGGAUGACGAUCGGUACCUAGAAUGUUGGCUCAGGACCUCUGGAAUCACUGCCUAUCAUCCUAUUGGCUCAUGCGCUAUGGGACCCCAAGAUGACCCAAUGGCCGUUCUGGACUCUAAACUCAGGUUACACAAGGUCAAGAGUUUGAGGGUAGUUGACAGUUCUGCAUUUCCUCAUCAUACUUCCGGCAAUCCUCAUGCUGCUGUUUUGAUGCUUGCAGAGAAAGCAGCUGAUUUUAUAUUAGAAACUGUUAAAAGAAAACAAAAGGCACAAAAGGCUGCUCAGUGAGUUUAUGACUAAAUAGAAAAUAAAUGCUUUGUAUAACUUUUUAACCUGCCGAUGUUAUUUUCUAUAACGUUAUACUUAAAAUGUAAUUAUAUUUCAACUGGAAUAUCAUGUUUUUAUUCUUUGAAAAGAAUUUGCAUAUAGUUAGAUUACGAAUAGGAAUAAAUAAAUGUUAAAUAUAAAUAAACACAUAAAAAGAGAAGCACGGUUAUACCUCACUUUGCGAAGGUUCGCUUUAAGCCACUUCCGCUUUUCCCGAAAGAUCUCUUAGGAUCUUUCUGGUUUCACUGCGAGUGGUGUAUCAACCGAGUACCCGGUUCUCGGGAAACUUACCUCCCUCGAGAAAUUUGUCCAUUUCGAAAAUAUCACUCAAAGGUAAAAUAUGGUUAAUGAGCAUUAUGGGAUGCGAGUGGUGUUAACAGGAUAUCGAACUUAGGUACCAUAACUGAAACACAAGUGCCACUGAAAAUAGUAGUCCAAAAACAAGUUGAACAAGCUUUGAGAAGGUGAACAGAAAGUACAUAUAAAGAAAAAUAAAGCCAGUGUAUUACUAAGAUACGUGACAUAAAUAUGAACAAAGCGAAACUAAAUACAAAGUGCAAUACAAAGUCUGAAAAAAAUAUCCCAAAAAAAUAGAAGGCCGAAUAGAGACCACAAUACUACAUACAAGUUCCUGAAUACAACAUUACCUAAAGGGUACCUAAUACACCCUACAGAAAUAAAUCAAAAAUUGCAAUCAACAAUAUAAAAAUAACUCAAGAUUCAGAAUGCAAUACAAUAUCUGAAACCGACCCUCAUGAGAAAUAGCACGCAAAACAAACGAAAAUACACCAAGCUGCCAAUAAACCACGUAUGCGAAAAAUUUUCGAAAAUGUAUGAUAUAAUAUAGACCAGCGGUUCUCAACCUUUUGACUAACGCGUACCAUCUAAAAAAAAAUUUAAAAACUUGAGUACCAUCACUGCAUUUUACAAUGAUUAUUUUUCAAAUUCUCAAUGGAAAUAUUAAAAAAAAAACAUAUAUAUAUAUAUAUUGCCUUUUGCACAACUUUAUUGACUAUUUGUGUUAUAUAUGCACACAUAAAAACGUCAGAUUAAAAACUGGUAACCAUUUUAAUUAUCAUUCUAAAAUUUAGUGCAAAAUUUGGGUCUGUUUAACCCUUUCCGGCACGCUACCUUUUAAAGUCAGAGUUUUGGUUAAAAAAAAAAAAAAAAAAAAAAAAAAAAAAAAAA